GCAGCAGCAGCAGCAACAACAACAUCAACAAUGACAAUGGCAAGCCGGGAGACAAUAAGGACAGCAGAGGUGGUGACAUUACAUACCGAGACUCUAGAUCUAUCCCAAAAGACGCAGAACCGAGCAGUAAGUCCCACCACACUGCCACCACCACUGCUGCCAAGAUUCACGACCUAGAGAUCGACGAAAACAGCGCAAAAGCCUUGAUCGUGGAGGGGAACUCUGACGUGAUGACAAAACACAGCGACAGGUUGUGGCAAAACCCUGUGAUGUACGCUCACGAUCAGAGGGGGGUGGAUAAACAUUUCAGCGCGGAGCACCAGGCAGUGAUGCGGUACUGCAAGAAGACGUCUGCCGUCAGUACCGCUGGCUUCACGCAGGCUCAGACAGUCACAGCCGAGCAAAACCCGCCCUCUCUCGUGGCCAACGGGAGAAAAAUCACGCGUCAGAGCUCUCCUGACCUAGAAGACGCCUCGACGGGGCGAAAAGGCGACCAUGUUGGUCUCAAAAGUAGCGUAAAAGACCAGCAGAAAUCUGCGCUGACCGCGGUAGGUCAAACUACAACAACAGCAACAACAACAAGAACAACAACAACAACAAUGGCCACGCAUAAAUUCCCGACAGGCGCCACUGUGAGAAGGAACCGGAAACGCGUCAUGCCGAAACAAGGGGAGGAGUCUCGUCUGCUCGUGGAAAUCUCCAACCCAAAAGCGACAGACCCGUGUAACUGUCUCAGCCAGUGGCAAUCUGAAGACAGCAGUGUGGACGAGGCGAACGGCUCGGAUAAGGACGACUGGGAAAACGAUCUGUCCGUUUAUGGAAAAGCUGACGCCGAUGCUUCAAGACGGUGGGUUGUAGGGACUAGCAAUGUAGCCUUCAUGCAUCAUCAUCAUCAUCAUCAUCAUCCUGAUGUUGAUCAGAAAUCGCUCUCCGACAGAGAACUAAUUCGUAUCGCUCGUAAAGGGAUGAAGAACGAUUCUCGGCUGCUUCAACCAGGGAUGUAUUAUAAAGCCAGCAACAACAGGACGGGGCAGCUCGGGGAGUCAAGAAGAGGCCUCGGAGAUUUCCACAGAGGGCUGUACCGCGAGCACACCCGUAUGGGAAGUUUCUUGGACAAAAGAUUGAUAGAACAAGGAGCAGAGUCAGGACUCGAUCCGGAUUCAAUAAGGAUUGGUAGAUCCACUUCUGUACCGCAUCUUGAGUUGGGUGAAGAUGGCGCUGGGGAGGGUGAAGAGGGUGAGAUGAAUGAAGCGUUGGGGAGUACGGGUAGGGGGAAUCUCAAGCUCUCUCGCCAAAACACACUGACUGACCCAGGACGUAGAGCCAGAUACCGCCCUCUGUCAGAUCCCCCCGACGUCAAGUUUGGCGGGGCGGUUCAAAAACACGCCAAAAUACACCGUAGUCAAUUGGCGGCUGGCGUGACGUCACACCACCAAAGCCCAGGGGCGCACAACUCUGAGCAACAAGCGGCGGAAGCGGUGGCUCUUCUUCGCCAGAGUUAUCCCUUGGAAGAGUGGAAGAAAAUGGUGGACAGCGGGGAGUGUGGGUUCAUCGUGCGGUCUUUUCCUGCCGAGAGAGAGGUGCAGGAGAAGCCAACAGCUGGGAGUGAGAUCGACGUAGGAGGAGAUAGAAAGGACGGGAAGAAAGCUGAACGAGAGGAAAUUAAUAUCAGCACAGAAAUCUCAGCAGAAAGAGUGCUGAAAAAGAAGAGGGGGGCUAACGACGGGCUUCGUUUGGAAAUUCGCAAUUUCAAAAAGGCGCAGGGUGACGAUAAUAUUAUAAUAUUGUCUUCCGAAAACACAAAAAAUGUCCCCGGGAAUGAUAUAGUUUCCUCUGACGCCACCGGGCCAAUCUCUGAUCAGACAGAAGAAGACAGUCCCGAAGAUUCCGACGACAUCGAAAACAUCCGAUCUACCUACUCUAUACCGCUUGUGUCUUUAUAUAUGGAGAGCCCCACAAAGGUGGACACUUACGUGAACAGCACCAAGUUCAAACCGUCUAAAAAGCUGGAGAACAACGGUCUCCGCGCCAGAAUGUCUUCGCUCCUCCUGGAGCAAGACCAGCACUCGAGUUCAAAGGUCGGGAGUCAGCACUCGAGUUCAAAGAUCGGAGGUCAAAUUGCUGACUCCCCACUGACGCAGCGGGAUAAUAAAAAUCAGCUUCCGAUCUCUGUUGGUAGCAAUAAUAAUUACAAUCACCCAGACGGAGUCAGUCUCGAAGGGGUUAAUCCCGAAAAGAACCAGUCGCUGCUCGAGUCUCCGAAGCCCCAGGGAGUUAAUAAUGGCGUCCUUGGUGACGUAAGCGUGAAGCGAGAGCUGCAGAUCUACGCGCAUGUCCGGAAGGGUCUGUGUUACGAGAAACAAGGGGAGCUGAUUGGCCAGCCGCUGGACCGUGUGAAGACUACCAUUGGUCGAGAUUUUCUCGUUCUGGAUGGGAAAAAACCGUACCAGAACAACUACAGGGCGCUGUGAAAGACCAGAAGAGGAGAGUAUUUUAAAAAAUGUGAAGCAGCGUGGUGGAAUCAGGCUCUCGUCAACUUUUGGGCA